GACACGUUGUUCUGUACGAACGAGACAUUCGUUCAGGUCUGGUUCGCAUUCACUCGCCUCCAGCUGCUUGACAGUGGCAUGCAAUGUCCGACCUGCGGUCCAUCACCGAAAAUCAUCAUAGCUGAUGGUGUCAGUCUUGCGACCCAUGUAUCCAAGCUCACAGCAUCCGUGAGGCCCCCAACAUUCACUGAUGGGACAAGUGAAGUGGUUGAGUCUAUAUCCUCGUAUAAGGCUCGCUCGCUCCCAGCAAUUGUACAAAAGGAUCACCGUAACCUCGUCAAUAAAGUCCUGGAUUCCGGUGCAGCAAAAGGCCUGCUUGUCGAUGAUCUUCCAGACUUGUCGGGCCUAGCCAGUGACUACCCUGCCAUGACUGCAUUGUUACGCCUGAUUCUGAAUCCCGGGCCUGAAGUUGAGCCACACAUCUGUAACGCAUAUCGGGAGCUUGCUCGACAGAUAGCGGCGCCAGACAUCGUCCUCCAGCUUGUGCCACACAAGGCUAUAGCUCUGUUGCACCAGCUCGCGUCAGAGGGCCAUACCGUGGACUGGUUUCAGAGCCUCUGUCCUGUCAUCGGGAGGAUUGUUGAAUUCCAUCAGAGAGAUAGCUCGAUUAUCCCAGUGCCUGUCAUCGACGUCCUGGCUUGGCUAGCCAAUCGUGCUGAGGAAGUCUACAAUCGCCUUGCACAGCAUGAUCCAGCCCCGACGUUUGACCGUGACGCUCCCGUGACGGGACCACAAGCAUCGUGGACAGAGACAGGCACCUGCUAUGGUCUUCCGGCUGUCCGGUCACGCCGUGUUUACUCAAAACUUCGACAUGAUACUCAGGCGACAGACUUGGACCCUGACGAGAUGGGCGACUGCAACAAGUUCUACAAGACGUACUCGCGCAAUAACCUCACUGGUGGAAUCCUUGUCCUAUGGUGUACGCAUUCGGUCUGUAUUGGAUUUCACACAAUUCCAAUUGCAGAAGGCCGUAACGACGUGUUCUCUGCAAUCUACACACACUUCCCACAAGCUCCGGAUAUCAUCAUUUACGACUUCGCAUGUCAACUUGCACCAUAUUGCCUGGUUCGGGAGGCUCGAUACUUCGCAAACACGCGGUUCCUAAUUGACGAAUUGCAUGCACAUGAUCAUACAAGGUGUGGACGGGCCUGCUUCGCAAGUAACACCAUGCAAUACGAUGAUCGUGUCCGUGCUGUGAAUACUAGCGCCGCAGAAUGCGGAAACAAGGGUAUUGGUCGCAUUCGGAAGAGUGUCAGUUACAUGGGCUUCGAACACGCUGUUACCUACACAAAGGUCUUUCUUGACGUCUGGAACCGCAUGGUGCUUCAUCGUAUUGCACGUACUGCAUAG